ACAGGGACUUGCUGGUUCAGUCUUGUGGUGGAGAGUGUGUGGUGAGUGUGUGUGUGUGUGUCCGCUCUCUUUACGGGACUAAUUCCUGGUGUUAGACGGCGUUAGCGUAGCGUUAGUCCUCGUGUGCGUUAACGCAAGUCCUUACGCCCCCGCAUCUUAGUGCUCAGGUUGCAAGUUGGCGUUUUAAGAUGAACGAUAUAACAGACUCCUCCAAGUGUAGGUGAAGCUGGAGAAUUGAAGUGAGGAUUGAUCUCACUCCCCUUGGCUUCUGCUGGCCUUAAACACCUCCAAGAUUCAGCAGUGUGAGCUUGGUCUGGGUGCAUGGACAAGCCCCCGGGGUUAGUCGGGGCUGAGCGUCAGUUCCCAGUACCACAGACAGUUCCUGCAGCCAUGUUAGCCAGCAACAAGCGGCCGAGGCUAGACACUAUUCGUCCACCUAUUCCCAAUGGCCCCGGAAUGCACGCGCGACCCCUUGUGGCCCUCCUCGAUGGCAGGGACUGUGCCAUAGAGAUGCCCAUCUUGAAGGAUGUGGCAACCGUUGCAUUUUGUGAUGCACAAUCCACCUCAGAAAUCCACGAAAAAGUAUUAAAUGAAGCAGUAGGGGCGCUAAUGUGGCACACCAUAACACUUACAAAAGAAGAUCUCGAAAAAUUCAAGGCCCUCAAAGUCAUUGUUCGAAUUGGCAGUGGAAUUGACAAUGUAGAUGUUAAGGCGGCAGGAGAGUUGGGCAUCGCUGUCUGCAACGUUCCUGGUUAUGGCGUGGAAGAAGUGGCAGACACCACCAUGUGCCUGAUUCUAAAUCUAUAUCGUCGCACAUACUGGUUGGCCAACAUGGUUCGCGAGGGGAAGAAAUUUACGGGUCCCGAGCAGGUGUGGGAGGUUCGAGAGGCAGCCCAAGGAUGCGCUCGGAUACGUGACGACACACUGGGUAUUGUUGGUCUUGGUCGCAUCGGGUCUGCGGUGGCACUAAGAGCAAAGGCGUUUGGGUUCAAUGUCACAUUCUAUGACCCCUACCUAUCAGAUGGUAUAGAAAAGAGCCUGGGAAUAACCAGAGUCUACACAUUACAGGAUCUCUUAUAUCGAAGUGAUUGUGUAUCGCUCCACUGUUCUCUGAAUGAACAUAACAACCAUCUUAUAAAUGACUUCACCAUCAAGCAGAUGCGUCCUGGAGCAUUCCUAGUGAACACAGCACGGGGGUCAUUAGUAGACGAAAAUGCCCUUGCUUCUGCACUUAAAGAAGGAAGAAUCCGAGCCGCAGCGCUUGAUGUUCAUGAGAAUGAACCGUACAACCCCUUCCAGGGUAAUGCUCUAGCAUUUAGUUCCUUGGCCCUAAAAUCGCUGCGACCACUGAAGGAUGCACCAAAUCUUAUUUGUACUCCACAUGCAGCAUAUUAUUCGGACGCCUCGAGUAAUGAAUUACGAGAAAUGGCCGCCAGUGAAAUACGUCGUGCAAUAAUAGGCCGCAUACCCGAAGCUUUACGCAACUGUGUCAACAAAGAGUAUUUUAUGAGCAACUACAGCGAAAGUGGAGUCAAUGGCACUGCUCCAUAUUAUGUGCCGGUUCAUUCUACGACACACGACUCUGUGCCCACUGGUCCCCCUCCAACCAGCCAUGUUGGGGCUGGGAUACCACCACCUCCACAUAUGCCUCCUAAUGUCCCAGUCAGUGGAAGAGCUUCUCCACAGACUGGGCCUCCUGGCCCACCCGGACCUCGAGAUUCCACUUCUCCAUAACACAUACUGCCUCCACCUUCAUUACAACUACCAACCCUCCGCUGUGACCACAAGCCAAGAGUCAUUCCACCAUGAAAGCUGAGUCAACAUAAUCGCAGAUGGCUGCUACACUACUUGGGCGAAGAGACGCCCAUAGAUCGUGCAAAGUCUAUGUACAAAUUUGCCCUCCUUCCCCUUCACCUCACCCCUCCCUCCCACGUUCCUUGAUGUUUUAAGGACGAAGUCUCUCACACCUCGUGAAGUGCUAAUGGACGCUGAUGGUUUGAGGUCGUGACAGUGAGAGACUGAGACGUCUUGAGCACGAGACUAUGUACAGCCCAGGUGUUGGAAAGUCAUUGGAUCAAAACAUGGCACUGCUUGUUAUUUUUUUGUGUUAAUUUUUUUUUUAACUUUAUUUUUCCAGUCAAGAUAGAUAAGGGGCCAUAUUAGCUACUACAGGCCAUCUCCUGUAAUAGGGCAAGAUAGUGUAACUCAGGUUCCAAUCCUCUUAUAAUGUAUGUAAUGAAAAUAUUGAAUCCUAAAAUGGAGAGAUUUUUAGGUCUUGGGCUUCCCUGUUCAGAAGACGGAUGGGAUUAAAUAUCAUCAGUGUCGUUUACUUACGAAUGUAAAAAAAAAAAAGAAAAUUGAUCCAAGUAACACGAUUA